CCAUUCAUUCAUUCAUAUCAUCCAUUCCAUCCCACACUCAUUCAGCAGCUACUCUCUCUCUCUCUCACACACACAAACACACAGUAGGCUUAAGAAGAUAAGGGUAGAGAGAGAGAAAGCUUGAUCAUAUCUAUCAAUGGCAGGAACUGGAGUUUUUGAAGACAUAAUUGAAGGAGAUGUGUUCAAAUACUACACUGAUGGAGAAUGGAAGAAAUCUGCUUCUGGCAAAUCUGUUGCCAUUAUUAACCCCACCACCAGAACCACUCAGUACAAGGUUCAAGCAUGUACACAAGAAGAGGUGAACAAGGUGAUGGAAUCGGCGAAAAUUGCUCAAAAGCAAUGGGCCAAAACACCGCUUUGGAAGCGAGCCGAGCUUCUUCACAAGGCGGCCGCUAUUUUGAAAGAGCAUAAGGCUCCCAUCGCCGAGUGCCUAGUUAAGGAGAUCGCAAAACCAGCCAAGGACUCGGUCACUGAGGUCGUUCGAUCAGGCGAUCUCAUUUCGUAUUGUGCCGAAGAAGGGGUUAGGAUUCUAGGAGAAGGCAAGUUCUUGGUUUCUGAUAGUUUUCCAGGCAAUGAGAGGACUAAAUACUGCCUCUCUUCAAAGAUUCCGCUCGGAGUUGUCUUGGCCAUACCCCCCUUCAACUAUCCCGUCAACCUUGCCGUCUCAAAAAUCGGCCCUGCACUUAUCGCCGGAAAUUCUCUAGUUCUCAAGCCUCCAACUCAGGGUGCAGUGGCUUGCCUUCAUAUGGUGCAAUGCUUUCACUUGGCUGGCUUUCCUAAGGGCCUAAUCAGCUGUGUCACCGGAAAAGGGUCGGAGAUCGGAGAUUUUCUAACUAUGCAUCCCGGAGUUAACUGUAUUAGCUUCACCGGCGGUGACACCGGAGUUGCGAUCUCCAAGAAAGCCGGCAUGGUGCCGCUUCAGAUGGAGCUCGGAGGAAAAGACGCUUGUAUCGUCCUCGAGGAUGCCGAUCUCGAUUUGGUGGCGGCAAAUAUCAUCAAAGGAGGUUUUUCUUAUAGUGGCCAGAGAUGCACUGCGGUUAAGGUUGUUUUGGUGAUGGAGUCGGUUGCGGAUGCGCUAGUCGAAAAAGUGAACGCCAAGGUAGCAAAGCUAAAGGUGGGCCCACCUGAGGACAAUUGUGACAUUACUCCAGUUGUAUCUGAGUCGUCAGCGAAUUUUAUCGAGGGGUUGGCUAAGGAUGCGAAGGCAAAAGGAGCGACGUUUUGCCAGGAGUACAAGCGCGAGGGCAAUCUCGUUUGGCCAUUGUUGCUUGACAACGUCCGACCCGACAUGAGAAUCGCAUGGGAGGAACCGUUCGGCCCCAUCGUACCCGUUAUCAGGAUCAACUCCAUCGAAGAAGGGAUCCACCAUUGCAAUGCCAGCAAUUUCGGCCUCCAGGGAUGUGUCUUCACUAAGGACAUAAACAAAGCGAUCUUGAUUAGUGACGCAAUGGAAACUGGAACUGUCCAGAUUAACUCCGCACCUGCUCGUGGCCCUGAUCAUUUCCCUUUUCAGGGUUUGAAGGAUAGUGGCAUCGGAUCCCAAGGAAUCACAAACAGUAUCAAUAUGAUGACGAAAAUCAAGAGUACUGUGAUCAACUUACCAACCCCAAGUUACACCAUGGGCUAGUAGUACUGUAUGCAUCUAAGGUGUUUGACGAAAUGAAUAAGGAAAAACACUGCUAGUAUAUAUUAAGGCUUCUUUGGUCUUGAUAUAUGGUCAAAUAAUGUUUAGUACUGCUGAAAAUGGUGAAUGGUACUUUAUGCAUUAAUGAGUUGUACUUUUUCAAUAGAAUGAAUGAUUUUUGUAGAUGCAAGUGUUGUUGACGACAUAAAUCAACGAGCGUUUGGAGUUUGUUAUGA